AUGUCUGACGGUCAGAACAUCCCCAACUUCAAGCUGGUUCUCGUUGGUGACGGUGGUACGGGUAAGACCACGUUCGUCAAGCGUCACUUGACCGGUGAGUUUGAGAAGAAGUACAUUGCCACCCUUGGUGUCGAGGUGCACCCGCUGCAGUUCCACACCAACUUUGGCCCGAUCGUGUUCAACGUGUGGGAUACUGCCGGCCAGGAGAAGUUCGGUGGUCUUCGUGACGGUUACUACAUCCAGGGCCAGUGCGGUAUUAUCAUGUUCGAUGUGACCUCCCGUAUCACUUACAAGAACGUGCCGAACUGGCACCGUGACCUUGAGCGUGUGUGUGAAAACAUCCCGAUCGUGCUCUGUGGUAACAAGGUUGACGUGAAGGAGCGCAAGGUGAAGACCGGCGCUGUCACGUUCCACCGCAAGAAGAACUUGCAGUACUACGAGAUUUCGGCCAAGUCGAACUACAACUUCGAGAAGCCUUUCCUGUGGCUGGCUCGCAAGUUGGUCGGUAACCCGGCUCUGGAGUUCGCUGCUGCGCCGGCUCUGGCUCCGCCGGAGGUCCAGGUGGACAUGCAGCUCAUGGAACAGUACAACAAGGAGCUCGAGACGGCUGCUGCUGCCCCGCUGCCGGACGAGGACGAUGGCGACCUGUAA